AUGGGAAAGGAAGACUUUCAUAUGAUCAUCAUUGUCAUUGGAAAUGUAGAUUCAGGCAUGUCUACCAUUACUGGUCAUCUGAUCUACAAAUGUGGUGGGAUUGAAAGAACUAUUGAAAAAUUUGAGAAGGAGGCUGCUGAGAUGGGAAAAGGCUCUUGCAAGUAUGCCUGUCUGGACAAACUGAAAGCUGAAUGUGAAUGUGGUAUCACCAUUGAUAUCUCCCUGUCGAAAUUCAAGACCAGCAAGUAUUAUGUGACCAUCGUUGAUGCCCCAAGACACGGAGACUUUAUAAAAAAUGUGAUUACAGGCACAUCUCAGGCUGACUGUGCUGUCCUGAUUGUUGAUGCUGGUGUUGGUGAAUUUGAAGCAGGUCUCUCCAAGAAUGGACAGCCACCAACUUGUUCACCAACUUGUCCAAGUGACAAGUCCUUGCCCGUCUAUGAUGUCUCCAAAAGUGGUGGUAUUAGUACUGUCCCUGUGGCCCUAAUGGAGACUGGUAUUCCUAAACCUGGUGUGGUGGUCACCUUUGCUCCAGUCAAUGUUACAACUGAAGUAAAGUCUGUUGAAAUGCACCAUGAAGCUUUGAGUGAGGCUUUUCCUGGGGACAACGUGGGCUUCAACAUCAAGAACGUGUCUGUCAAAGAUGUUCAUUGUGGCAAUGUGGCUGGUGACAGCAAAAAUGGCCCACCAAUGAAAGCAGUUGGCUUCACAGCUCGGGUAAUUAUCUUGAACCAUCCAGGCCAAAUCAGUGCCGGAUAUGCACCUGUGCUGAAUGGUCACACAGCUCACAUUGCCUGCAGGUUCGCUGAGCAGAAGGAGAAGAUUGUCAUUCUGGAAAAAAAGCUGGAAGAUGGUCCCAAGCUCUUGAAAUCUGGUGAUGUUGCCAUCGUUGAUAUGGUUCCUAUGUGUGUUGAGAGCUAUUCUGACUAUCCUCCUCUGGGCCAUUUUGCUCUUUGUAACAUGAGACAGACAGUUGCUAUGGGUAUCAUCAAAGCAGUGGGCAAGAAGGCAACUGGAAGUGGCAAGGUCACCAAGUCUGCCCAGAAGCUCAGAAGGCUAAAUGAAUAUAUCACCAAUACCUGCCACCCCAGUCUUAAUCAGUGAUGGAAGAAUGGUCUCAGAACUAUUUGUGUCAAUUGGCCAUUUAAGUUUAAUAGUAAAAGACUGGUUAAUGAUAACAAUGCAUUGUAAAACCUUCAGAAGGAAAG